AUGGUGACCACCGGCGACGUCUCCGGGCGCGCCGCACAUUCGGCCGGUACCAAAAGGUCUAGUCAUGAAACCCGCAGCCAGGCAGUCCACCCAUCAACAACGAGGGUAACGAGAUCAUCGAGGCUGCAAACACCGCCUCCCCCGUCAUCAGGAAACUCGCGCGAGGAACCACCGACGGAGAUUGCCAGGAACCCACGGGCACCACCCAGAACUGAGAACCAUGUGAACAGCUUGGACGUUGAAGCAGUUGAUAGCGCUUUGCGCCGGGAGAUUCAGCAACGCCAAACUUCACCAGGGCCAAGUUCGCAUAGGAAGCGACAACGCAUCAAUGGAGAUAGGUUUAUUCCCACCCGGUCCGGUCAGGAUUUGCAAGCCAGUUUUAGUCUUUUGCAUGAAGAGGGCUCUCCGGCGACGCCUAGACAGAAAAGGCGCACACCACAGGGGGAGCUUCAUUUUCAGAAAACCGAGGAAGCAAACCGUACGUUCUCAACUGUGCUUCGAUCAGAAUUGUUUGAGAGUACUGUCCCACAGAUUGCCCCCGAGUCUUUAUCACCAGACCAUAGGAGAGCAUCGCGGGGUUAUCUACAUGAGGGCACAAGGUCUCAGACGCCUCCUCGGAAUGGGCUCCAAGCCGCGGCAGCACCGACAACCCUUACCCCCUCUACACCUCACAAGAACCUGUUCUCGUACCUAUCACCACGACAUGCUAGCCUUGGCGGCCAUCCAACGCCAUCAAGGACGCCACAAAGUCGACAUGGCAUCAACCUGGACACCCGGGCAGAAAUCUACAGUCUCUCACCUAUAAAACAUAAAAGCCAACAACUUUUACUGAGCCCGCGAAAGCAGCCGCGCGCCAUCAGCAAGGUACCAUUUAAGGUGUUGGACGCCCCUGAGCUGCUAGACGACUACUACUUGAAUCUAGUCGACUGGGGGAGCGCCAACGUCCUGGGCGUUGGUUUAGGAUCCAGCGUCUACAUGUGGAAUGCGCAAACAAGUAGAGUUAACAAGCUGUGCACGUUGGAGGACGACACAGUGGCCAGCGUAUCUUGGAUACAAAAGGGGACACACCUUGCUAUUGGUACCCAUAAAGGACUGGUGCAGAUCUGGGAUGCUGAGAAAGCAAGAAGGCUAAGAACGAUGACUGGCCAUACUGGCAGGGUUGGAGCAUUGGCAUGGAACACUCACAUUCUCACGUCAGGGUCCCGGGAUCGCCUAAUAUACCAUCGUGACGUCCGAGCGCCAGAUCAGUGGCUAAAAAAGCUGGUUGGUCACAAGCAGGAAGUGUGUGGUCUCAAAUGGAAUUGCGACGAUGGCCAACUUGCCAGUGGAGGAAACGACAAUAAGUUGAUGGUUUGGGAUAAGCUUUCCGACACACCUCUAUGGAAGUAUUCCGGUCACACAGCAGCCGUCAAAGCGAUAGCCUGGUCACCACAUCAACGCGGUCUCCUGGCUUCCGGAGGCGGUACUGCUGACAGACGCAUCAUCUUUCAUGACACCGUUCGCGGCACGGUACUCAACGAGGUGGACACGGGCAGUCAGGUCUGUAAUAUUGCCUGGUCCAAGAACUCCAACGAAAUCGUCUCGACGCAUGGUUAUAGCCAGAAUCAGAUAGUAGUUUGGAAGUACCCUUCCAUGACGCAAGUCGCCAGCCUGACCGGUCACACUUAUCGGGUGCUGUACCUUGCCAUGAGCCCGGACGGCAAAACCGUGGUGACGGGUGCCGGAGAUGAGACCUUGCGGUUCUGGAAUCUCUUCGGCAAGAGCCCGAGGAAAAGUGUCCACGACCUUGAUGGAGGUGGCAGUGGACGCUCGGGUGACUGGGGAGUCAUUCGAUGA